AUGUUUUUAACAAGAAGUGAAUACGAUCGUGGUGUGAGUACUUUUUCCCCAGAAGGGAGACUAUUUCAAGUGGAAUAUUCCUUAGAAGCAAUUAAAUUGGGUUCUACCGCUAUAGGGAUCUCUACCAGUGAAGGUGUAGUGCUGGGUGUAGAGAAGCGUGCAACAUCUCCACUAUUAGAAGCUGAUUCUAUCGAGAAGAUAGUAGAAAUUGAACAUCAUAUCGGUUGUGCUAUGAGUGGUCUCACUGCAGAUGCUCGUUCCAUGAUUGAACACGCUCGUGUGGCUGCCGUAAAUCAUAAUCUUUAUUAUGAUGAAGAUAUUAAAGUGGAGUCCUUGACUCAAUCAGUCUGUGAUUUGGCUUUGAGGUUUGGAGAAGGUGCUUCUGGGGAGGAAAGGUUGAUGUCGAGACCUUUUGGGGUAGCAUUGUUGAUUGCUGGAUAUGAUAAUGAUGAAGGUUACCAAUUAUUUCAUGCCGAACCUUCUGGAACGUUUUAUCGUUACAAUGCGAAGGCAAUUGGGUCCGGUUCUGAGGGUGCUCAAUCCGAAUUACAAAAUGAAUGGCAUUCUUCUCUAACUUUAAAAGAAGCUGAAUUAUUAGUUCUAAAAAUAUUAAAGCAAGUGAUGGAAGAAAAACUAGAUGAGAGCAAUGCUCAACUAAGUUGUGUCACUAAGGAAAAUGGGUUCCAGAUAUACGAUGAUGCGAAGACCGCAGAAAUCAUAAAGGAACUGAAAGAGAAGGAAGUGCAAGAAAAUCCUGAAGAACAUGAUGUUGAAAUGACAUCGUAA